UGGAGAGAGGGCAGCCAAUCAGCGCGGCUUGCGGUGGCUGCGCGCGGCGCUCUGCGGCCGCCAUUUUGUGGGAGGGCACUGAGGAAGGGCAGAGUGAGGCGGCGGCGGGACAGCGGUAGCGGCUGAGGACAAGCAGCCAUGGCUGGCCAUGACUCGGGAUCUCAACACCAGUUCACUGGAUUUGCGAAGUACUUCAAUUCCUACACCAUCACAGGCAGGAGGAAUUAUGUAAUAGCAACGUACACGGGCAUUGCACUGAUCGUCUUGUAUUUCAAGCUUAGACCCAAAAACAAAACUCCUGCUGUGGCAGAUAAGUAAAUGGUUGCUGGCAUGUCUGAACCUCCAAUCUGUAUCAGUGUAAUGCAAGCUGUUGUGGCUAAUAAAAUUGAAAUGAUUAC